GUCCAUUCAAGGGUAAUUUAGGGGAAUAAAAAAAUACCUCAAGAUUGAAACGACAAACCGUCGACUCCUUGGCCACGUUUACAAAGAAACACGGUCUCUUUACGCUACCCCCAAACUCUGACCAAGCCUCCUGCAUUUCAAUCCCGUGAUUCCCUGCUUCGCAUCGCAUUCUCAUUCUCUACGAAAAAAAUGGAGGAUUCUCCGAUCAACAGUCUUCCGGAGGACACCCUUCACCAGAUCUUCUCUUCCCUCUCGCUUCGUCAAAUCAUGAUCUGCCGCUCCGUAUGUAAGCUCUUUAACCAAAUCCUGACGUCCUCAUCUUUCAUCCACUACAUCUCCACCCGGUCGCAUCUCAACCUCCUCGGUCUCCGUCGUCCCCCUCAUCACCACUACCACCAUAAUCACAGUCGCCACGUGUCCCUUUUUACUUCCCUCCACAUGUACGACCCCGAUCAAAACCAGUGGCUUCGAUUCAACCUCGAUUUUCUUCCCUUCCUAUCUCCUCACCCUGUCGCGUCUUCACUCGGCCUACUUUACCUCUGGGCCAACUCACCUGACUCGCCUGACUCGGACAAGUCACUCAUCGUUUGUAACCCCUUGACUCGCCAAUACAGAGUCCUCCCUCGACUCGGCUCGGCCUGGUCACGCCAUGGCUCGGUGCUAGUUGACUCAAGGAACGGAGUCAUGGUCUUAACAGAACUCGCUGCUCUUUACUUCUCCUUUUCUCAAAAAACCCAGCAAUGGCUCAAAUUCUCUUCAAAUUUACCUUCAAAACCCCGAAGCCCUAUCUUCGUUUCCAACUCUGUUUUCGCCCUUUGCGACGUUGGAUCGCCGUGGAGAAGUAAGUGGAAAUUAUUCGCUUGCGCUGUCAAAAACAUGUUAAAUUCAAAUGUGAUGAACAAUAACUGGGAAUGUUUGGAAAGGCACGAAUGGGGGGACAUUUUCGAUAUCAUUAAACGACCGCGUUUAAUAUGCGGCAAUGGGAACAAAAUCUUGAUGAUUGGGGGGUUAAAAUUGAGUUAUUCGUUGAAUCAAUCUUGCUUGACGAUUUUGAUAUUGAGGUUGGAUUUGGAAACAAUGGAGUGGGAAGAGGCGACAAGGAUGCCGGAGGAGAUGCACCUGUGGUUUCAGGAUAGUAAGUUUAAAGUGUUCGGGGGAGGGAAUAGGGUAUGCUUUUCGGGGAAGAAGGUGGGGAGGUUGGCUCUUUGGGAUGGCUGCGAAUGGCGGUGGAUUGAUGGGGUGCCCGGAAAUGGGGAUGAGCUUUACAGCGGAUUUAUGUUUGAAGCUAGGCUUACCGCGGUUCCUUAAUUCAUGCAUGAUAGAUUGGGAGAGCUUGAAUAUGAUUUAUCAGCGUUGAUCACAUCAUGAACUUCGGGCAUUAGAAGACCCACUUCUGUUUUCACAGGAAGAUGAAUGGAUGGAACACACAGAUAAUACCUGACCGAUUAUCAACAAAUAUUUCCUUCUGAUCAUAAGAAAAUGGUAGGUGGAAAGAAAGUGGAUGAGGACAUAGAAGGGUUGGUAUUAAGCACAUUACCUAGCUUACCAUUACUAGUUUCCUGCAUACGAGCAUGUAUUUGGCUCAGUAAGCUGGGACAUGGUCCACAAUUCUAGGGAGCUCAGGAUUUUCUUAUUACCUGUUAUUUUAGCCAGGCAUCUUUUCUGAACUUUCGCUUGCUACUUUCUUAGUGUUGCUAUUGUCAUCAGUGUAAAUGCUUCCGCAGGUUUAUCUGUAGAAAUUAUAUGUAGUUAUUAGAUAGGUAGUUAACCAAGUUAUCAGAAGCUAUAAUAGUAGUAUAACAUAUGGACGGGCCUUUUCUUUUGUAAUGGAAGUCAGAUAAUUCACAACUUGGUGAUUGAUUUCCCUUAUGACAUUUAAGCACUUGACGACCUGACGGACGAAGGGAUUUUUUGAGGGAUCGAUCUUAAAAGAGUUUUUCAUGACCAGAUGGAUCUUUAAAAACUUGUGAGAUAUGCUUCAAUGAAAAUGGUUCCCUAAUCGGUUGGGCGUGGAUUAAAAAGAAAAGAUCUGGUAAAAUUUUCAAGUUGGACCUAAGUAAAGAAAGUUGAACCAACCCUCUAAUCCAUCCUGAAUCUAAUGUGUUUCACGCAUUUUUAUAACAUUUUAUUCACGCUAUAUAGAGAGUUUAGCCCAAAAUCAAUCUCUCUUUCAUUUGCGCCAAAUGCUGUUUUACGUAAGAAGGUUUGGUUACGAAGAAUUUGAGAUUUUUUUUUAGAAUUUGU